AUGGAGUCGUACGAACUGAAACACCGGGCUACCACGGCCAACCGUGACGUGCCUGAUGGGGGCAACCUCAGGGAUGCCCGCGAUGACAUGGACCUCGCUCGGCUGGGCAAGAAACCGGUCCUCAAGCGAACCUUUGGCAUUCUCUCCCUGAUCGGAUUCAGUUGUACCAUCCUGGGUACAUGGGAGGGUAUCUUAUCGACCUUCACCAUCCCUCUCGAGAAUGGUGGCUCUGCGGGUGCCGUAUACUCCUUUCUCUUUGCAUGGACGGGCACAGGCUGUACCUUUGUGCUUCUAUCGGAGCUGGCCUCCAUGGCGCCGACAUCCGGAGGCCAAUACCACUGGUGCGCCAUGCUGGCACCGCCGCGAUACAUGAAAUUCCUCAGCUACAUCUCCGGAUGGUUGACUGUCAUCGGAUGGCAAGCCGGGUUCGCGUCAUCGGCCUACAUGGCCGGUACGGAGAUCCAGGGUGCAAUGGUUCUGGGCAAUUCGCUUUACAAAGCGCAAGGAUACCAAGGCACACUGCUCAUGUGGGCCGUGGUUGUGGUCGGCCUAGGAGUCAAUCUCAUCGGCGGACGGUUCCUGUCUCGCCUGGAGUCCUCCAUCCUCAUCAUCCACAUCCUGGGGUACUUCGCCGUGCUUAUUACGAUCACCUACAUGGCCGACCACAAGUCCGCCAAGGACGUCUUCACGGCAUUCAACAACGGCGGAGAUCUCUACACGGACGGCCUAUCCUUCUUCGUGGGUAUGACCGGAUGUGUGUUCGCCUUCGCUGGCGGUGACGCCGCUGUGCAUAUGGCUGAAGAAGUCAACAACGCCUCCGUCGCAAUCCCCCGAUCCAUCAUGCUCACUGUCGUCAUCAACGGCACCCUCGGUUUCUCCAUGCUGAUCGCCGCCCUCUUCUGCAUGGGCAGCCUCGAAGCCGCACUCAAAACACCAACGGGAUACCCGUUCAUGGAAAUCUUCCAACAAGCGACCGGCUCCUCUGCUGGAGCUCUCGGGUUGACCUCCAUUCUGGUUAUCAUCGGCAUCUUCGCCGCACUGGGCAUGUUAACGGCCACCUCCCGUCAAUUCUGGUCCUUUGCCCGAGACCGUGGCGUUCCCGGGUGGCGCUUCUGGAGUCACGUCUCCACCCGCAACUUCCUCCCCACCUACUCUAUCUACCUCACGAUGACAAUCUGCUGCCUCCUGGGCCUAAUCAACAUCGGUUCCGCCCUCGCCCUAAACGACAUCGUCUCCAUGGCCGUCUCUGGCCUCUACACCUCGUACCUGAUCGUCGCUGUGCUGCUCUUCUGGCGUCGGGCGACCGGCGCCAUCGCCCCCUACAGCGACAGCGAAGACAUGGUUGUCAACGUCCCCGGCGCAAAGCUCAUGUGGGGUCCCUUCCGUAUCCCCGGUAUCUGGGGCAUCUUGAUCAACGGCUACGCGAUCAUCUAUAUCCUCAUCGUCAUCUUCUUCAGCUACUGGCCCACUGCCCUGCCGGUUACCGUCAGUGGAAUGAAUUAUAGUGUGGUGGGGACGAUGGGGACGGUUAUUUUGGCGGUGGUUUAUUAUGUUGUUCGUGCGAGACAUGUAUAUACGGGUCCGAUUGUUGAGAUUUCGUGA